CCCUCGUCCUCCUCGCCAGCACUAUUAUCGGCCUGAGUGUAACAGUCUUUACGUUAUUGUAUAUCUUUAAUUCGAGAGCUCUGUUGGCCGAUAUGCGUUCUGUGUCUUGUGCUGUUUUCGGCGCUGCUGUCGUGAGCACGGCGGCUGGUGCGGCGAUUGAGAGCCAUGGUGGAGAGGUCAAGGUGGAUUUGAAUUGGCAUGCGCCCAAGAAGACGUGGGUUAAUGAUUUGAGCCGUGUCAUUGGGGAUCGUGGGACUAAUGGGUUCUACUUUGGUGGUUCGAACCUUCCGCCCAAGACGAAGUAUGGGAAAUACAACUGGUGCAACAUGCCUCAUGUUCGCAAGCAGGAGUAUCCUAAGGCUAAGAAGGAUUACGAGUUGCAAUACGUUGAGGUGAUCCACCGUCACCACAAGCGUACUCCCUACUCCUCCAACACCUUCCCCAAGGAAGCCUACCCCUGGGACUGCAACGACCAAGGCCUCUUCUACUACGGCGAGCCCCUCAACCCGUCCGGCAACUCCUCAGCCCACACCUACUGGACCGUCACGACCUCAUCCGUCAACCCCUUCAGCGCCCCCGGCUUCCAAGGAUCCUGCCAAUUCCCCCAAAUCACCCGCGAAGGCCUCGACGACUCCUACCAGCACGGCUCCGACCUCUACUCCGUCUACCACGACCUCCUCGGAUUCCUCCCCUCCAAACUCGACCCCAAAAAAGUAACCUACCGCGUCACCAACAACCAAAUAACCUCCCAAGUCGCCGGCAUGAUCGUCAACGGCAUGUACCAGACCCGCCACUCCAACGACCUCAACGUGCCCCUCCUCAUCCAACCCCAAAAAGUCGACUCCCUCGAACCCCAAUACUCCUGCGCCGCCGCAUCCACCCUCUCCUCCUCCUACGGCGUGAACUCCAAAAACGCAAACUGGACCUCCCACCUCACCGCCGCAUCCGCUCUCUUCCAAACGCUCGACCGCAUCUCCGGCGUCCCCGCCGACGACGGCGAAUUCCACAAGUCCUUCGACCACUACUACGACAACCUGUCCGCGCGCCAGUGCCACGGGAAGCCGCUUCCGUGCUCGCUCGCGAACCCGCGCGACUGCGUGAACCAGGAUACCGCGGACGCUGUGUAUCGGCUCGGGCAGUGGGAGUACUCGUACCUGUACCGCGACGCGCCUGAGUCGCUAGCCUACAGCGUUGGUGCGUACGGCGUGUGGCUUGCGGAGUUGGCGCAGAAUAUCAGGGAUGCGGUUAAUGGGGGCGUGGUGUAUAGGCAUAAUGUCGCGCAUGACGGGUCCGUGUCGAGGUUGCUUUCGAUCUUGCAGGUCGAGGAGAUGGUGUGGGUGGGUAUGGGGUCCGAGGUUGUGUUUGAGGUGUACACGAAGAAGGGGAAGAAGGAGCAGGGGAAGAGGUAUUUGAGGAUUCUGUGGGGUGGACAGGUGCUGAGGAGCUCGAAUCCUUCGCUGGGGAAGGUCGAUAUGAUUGAUGUUGAGGUCUUUUUGGCUUAUAUUGAUGGGCUUGUUGGUCAGAAGGCUGGAAAGGUGGUUUCCUACUGCAAGGACGGCAAGUAG